AUGGAACACACAAUCGAUUUAACCGAUCCUCGUUCUGCCUUGGACCUCUCAAACAUCCGUUACCAGCUAAUUCGCCUCGAAGACACCAUCAUCUUUCACUUGAUUGAGCGGGUUCAGUUCCCCCUGAACCCAACAGUCUACAUGACCGGUGCCAUCACAAUCCCAGACUUCUGCGGUUCCUUCCUGGACUACCUUCUUAUGGAACAGGAGAAGAUUCACGCUCUAGUCCGCAGAUACCAAGCACCAGACGAGUACGCAUUCUUCCCGAAGCUGAUCCCAUCGCCCAUUCUAGCGCCCUUGAGAUACCCUCAAUUACUGCACCCCAACACUGUCAACUACAACAAUAAGUUGAAGGCUGCGUACAUCAAUCACAUCUUGCCCGCAGCCUGUAAGCCACAGUUAGCAGAUCGUGGAGAGCAGUACGAGAAUUACGGAAGCACAGCUGUCAACGAUGUUGCCUGUUUACAGGCGCUCAGUCGGAGAAUCCACUUUGGAAAGUUUGUUGCCGAAGCAAAGUUUCUGGCUGAGAAGGAGAAAUUCACGGACCUGAUCCAGCGGAGGGAUAUCAAGGGGAUCAUGAGGGAGAUUACGAAUGAGGCUGUUGAGAAGCAGGUACUUUGCAGGCUGGAAUUAAAGGCCAGAACUUAUGGCACAGAUCCUGGGGAUAAUUCUAAGGAUCCGAAGGUCAAAGUCAACGUCGACGCUGUGGUUGCAAUGUAUAGAGAUUACGUUAUCCCGAUGACCAAAGAGGUUGAGGUGGAAUACCUUCUCCAACGACUCGCUAACCCCACCCCCGAAACCGUCAGCAAAAACCCGCUUCUUUUUCUCUGGCUCCUUUCUUUCUGGCUCCUUUCGGCUGCAGGAAUAUUUUUUUCCUUCUUUUCUUAGAGUCCCGGACCAGCUUUCCUUGGGACGUAGAAUUCAAUU